AGCUCAAGCCGAAUAAGAACCUCGUACAAAUCGCCCGCCAUUACAGAAACAAAGACAGCUCUCUUCUCUUUCGUUAUUUCCAAAGCUUUGUCGAAAACAUCGAACUUCUCUUCCCCUCCCCACCCCACCGAUCGGCGACCCACAACCACCCGCAUUGUGAUCUCUCAUAUACAAAGCAGAACCACUUUUAUUGCAUUUCAUUAAUUUCUUGUUUUAUUGGAAAAUCAAUGGCUUUCUCUGCUACAGGAUCGGCUCUUAGGGCCCUUAAAUCGGAGGGAAGAAUCACAACGCCUGAAAACAAAAUCUGUAAUUUUUUGCAACCAUUUAGGCUAAUUCAGCUCCAGCCCAGAAAUUACUCCAGCUUGCAGUGCAGAUCAAACAGCAAAAACUCAAUUUCCUCUAUUGUAAACGCACAAGCUAUCACAGUUGAACAAGCAGCGCCACAAGUCACUUCUAAAACUGAGGCUGCUGUUGUUAUUGUUACUGGAGCUUCCAGAGGUAUCGGUAAAGCAAUUUCAUUGGCUCUGGGGAAAGCUGGAUGUAAGGUUCUUGUUAAUUAUGCAAGGUCAUCAAAGGAGGCUGAAGAAGUUUGUAAAGAGAUUGAGGCAUGUGGUGGACAGGCUCUUAGUUUUGGCGGAGAUGUUUCCAAGGAAGCAGAUGUGGAAGCUAUGAUAAAAACUGCAGUUGAUGCAUGGGGAACUGUUGAUGUUUUGAUAAAUAAUGCAGGUAUUACAAGAGAUGGAUUAUUGAUGAGAAUGACUACUAAACAGUGGCAAGAGGUUAUUGAUCUAAAUCUAACUGGCGUAUACCUUUGUACCCAGGCGGCAGCCAAGAUUAUGAUGAAGAAGAAAAAGGGUAAGAUAAUCAAUAUAGCAUCAGUAGUUGGCCUGGUUGGCAAUUUUGGGCAAGCUAACUAUAGUGCAGCAAAGGCUGGUGUUAUUGGCCUGACUAAAACUGUGGCCAAGGAAUAUGCAAGUAGAAAUAUUAAUGUGAAUGCUGUUGCCCCUGGGUUCAUUGCAUCUGAUAUGACUGCUAAGCUAGGGGAUGACAUCGAGAAAAAGAUUUUGGGGCAAGUCCCAUUAGGAAGGUAUGGUCAACCAGAAGAAGUUGCUGGACUGGUGGAAUUCUUGGCCAUUAAUCCAGCAGCAAAUUAUAUGACUGGCCAGGUUUUAACUAUUGAUGGUGGUAUGGUGAUGUGAUGUAAGAGGUCUUUGGAAAAGUACAACAAUUUCAUACUUCUUCUGUUUUUCAGCCAAAUGAAGACUAAUUACAGUUUUAGGCAAAUGAACCAAGAAUAUUUUGAAAUAAAUUAAUAUUGGUUUUGAAAUAGCCUUCUUCAGCUAUGCGUACUGAAAAUGAUUGCUGUUGGAACAGUUCUUUAUGUAGCUGACAUCUGAACUGUCUUUAGUUCAAGUGUCAUUUUAAAACACAAAAUUAUAUCUGCCUAAUACUGACAACUGAUGAUGGGCGUAUUUGUGUA